CUCCCCGCUCCUGCUGUUUGCCAACCGCCGGGAUGUGCGGCUGGUGGAUGCUGGUGGAGUCAAGCUGGAGUCCACCGUUGUGGUCAGUGGGCUGGAAGAUGCAGCUGCCGUGGACUUCCAGUUCUCCAAGGGUGCCGUGUACUGGACAGAUGUGAGCGAGGAGGCCAUCAAGCAGACCUACCUGAACCACACGGGGGUGGCUACACAGAAUGUCAUUGUCUCUGGCCUGGUCUCACCUGAUGGCCUAGCCUGUGACUGGGUGGGCAAAAAGCUGUACUGGACGGACUCAGAGACCAACCGCAUCGAGGUGGCCAACCUCAAUGGCACAUCCCGGAAGGUGCUGUUCUGGCAGGACCUGGACCAGCCGAGGGCCAUCGCUCUGGACCCCGCCCAUGGGUACAUGUACUGGACAGACUGGGGGGAGACGCCCCGGAUUGAGCGGGCAGGGAUGGACGGCAGCACCCGGAAAAUCAUUGUGGACUCAGAAAUUUACUGGCCCAAUGGGCUGACCAUUGACCUGGAGGAGCAGAAGCUCUACUGGGCUGAUGCAAAGCUCAGCUUCAUCCAUCGUGCCAACCUGGACGGCUCAUUCAGGCAGAAGGUGGUAGAAGGCAGUCUGACGCACCCCUUCGCUCUGACGCUGUCUGGAGACACGUUAUACUGGACGGACUGGCAAACCCGCUCUAUUCAUGCCUGUAACAAGAGGACGGGUGAGAAGAGGAAGGAGAUCCUCAGCGCCCUCUACUCGCCCAUGGACAUCCAGGUGCUCAGCCAGGAGCGGCAGCCUUCCUUCCACACUCGAUGUGAGGAGGACAAUGGUGGCUGCUCCCACUUAUGUCUGCUGUCCCCGAGGGAGCCUUUCUAUACCUGUGCCUGCCCUACCGGUGUGCAGCUCCAGGACAACGGCAGGACGUGUAAGGCAGGGGCCGAGGAGGUGCUGCUGUUAGCCCGGCGCACAGACCUGAGGAGGAUCUCUCUGGACACACCAGACUUUACAGACAUUGUGCUUCAAGUGGAUGACAUCCGGCAUGCCAUUGCCAUUGACUAUGACCCGUUGGAGGGCCACGUCUACUGGACAGAUGAUGAGGUGCGGGCCAUCCGCAGGGCGCAGCUGGAUGGGUCAGAGGCGCAGACGCUGGUGAACACUGAGAUCAAUGACCCUGAUGGCAUCGCUGUGGACUGGGUGGCCCGCAACCUCUACUGGACUGACACAGGCACUGACCGCAUCGAGGUGACACGGCUCAAUGGCACCUCCCGCAAGAUCCUGGUGUCCGAGGAUCUGGACGAGCCCCGGGCUAUUGUGCUGCACCCUGUGAUGGGCCUCAUGUACUGGACAGACUGGGGGGAGAACCCCAAAAUUGAGUGUGCCAACCUAGAUGGACGGGAGCGGCAUGUCCUGGUGAACACCUCCCUUGGGUGGCCAAAUGGCCUGGCCCUGGACCUGCAGGAGGGCAAGUUGUAUUGGGGAGACGCCAAGACAGACAAAAUUGAGGUGAUCAACAUGGAUGGGACCAAGAGGCAGACCCUCCUGGAGGACAAGCUCCCACACAUUUUUGGGUUCACACUGCUGGGGGACUUCAUCUACUGGACCGACUGGCAACGGCGCAGCAUUGAGCGGGUACACAAGGUCAAGGCAAGCCGGGAUGUCAUCAUUGAUCAGCUGCCUGACCUCAUGGGGCUCAAAGCCGUGAAUGUGGCCAAGGUCAUUGGAACCAACCCAUGUGCUGAUGGGAACGGGGGAUGCAGCCAUCUGUGCUUCUUCACGCCCCGUGCCACCAGAUGUGGCUGCCCCAUUGGCCUGGAGCUGCUGAGUGACAUGAAGACCUGCAUAGUCCCCGAGGCCUUCCUGGUGUUCACCAGCCGGGCUGCCAUCCACAGGAUCUCCCUGGAGACCAACAACAAUGAUGUGGCCAUCCCCCUCACUGGCGUCAAGGAGGCCUCUGCACUGGACUUCGAUGUGUCCAACAACCACAUCUACUGGACAGAUGUCAGCCUGAAGACCAUCAGCAGAGCCUUUAUGAAUGGCAGCUCUGUGGAGCAUGUGAUCGAGUUUGGCCUCGACUACCCUGAAGGCAUGGCUGUGGACUGGAUGGGCAAGAACCUCUACUGGGCUGACACUGGGACCAACAGGAUAGAGGUGGCCCGGCUGGACGGGCAGUUCCGGCAGGUCCUUGUGUGGAGGGACUUGGACAACCCAAGAUCACUGGCCCUGGAUCCCACCAAAGGCUACAUCUACUGGACGGAGUGGGGUGGCAAGCCAAGAAUCGUGCAGGCCUUCAUGGACGGGACCAACUGCAUGACCCUGGUGGACAAGGUGGGCCGGGCCAACGACCUCACCAUUGACUAUGCUGACCAGCGCCUGUACUGGACUGACCUGGACACCAACAUGAUUGAGUCAUCCAACAUGCUGGGCCAGGAACGCGUAGUGAUCGCUGACGACCUGCCACACCCCUUCGGCCUCACGCAGUACAGUGAUUACAUCUACUGGACAGACUGGAACCUGCACAGCAUUGAGCGGGCCGACAAGACCAGUGGCCGGAACCGCACCCUUGUCCAGGGACACCUGGACUUUGUGAUGGACAUCCUCGUGUUCCACUCCUCCCGCCAGGAUGGCCUCAAUGACUGCGUGCACAACAACGGCCAGUGCGGGCAGCUGUGCCUGGCCAUCCCUGGUGGCCACCGCUGUGGCUGUGCCUCACACUAUACCUUGGACCCCAGCAGUCGUAACUGCAGCCCACCCUCCACCUUCUUGCUGUUCAGCCAGAAAGGUGCAAUCAGCCAAAUGAUCCCUGAUGACCAGCACAGCCCAGACCUCAUCCUGCCCUUGCAUGGGCUGAGGAAUGUCAAGGCCAUCGACUACGACCCGCUGGACAAGUUCAUCUACUGGGUGGAUGGGCGUCAGAACAUCAAGCGAGCCAAGGAUGAUGGUUCCCAGGCCCUUGUUCUGACCUCUCCGGGUCAAAGUCCAGAGAGGCAGCCACACGACCUCAGCAUCGACAUCUAUAGCCGGACAUUGUUCUGGACAUGUGAGGCCACCAACACCAUCAAUGUCCAUCGGUUAGAUGGGGACGCCAUGGGAGUAGUGCUCCGGGGGGAGCGAGACAAGCCGCGAGCCAUCACAGUCAAUGCGGAGCGAGGGUAUCUGUACUUCACCAACAUGCAGGACCGUGCAGCUAAGAUAGAGCGUGCAGCCCUUGAUGGCACGGAGCGCGAGGUCCUCUUCACCACGGGCCUUAUCCGCCCCGUGGCCCUUGUGGUGGACAACACUCUGGGCAAGCUCUUCUGGGUGGACGCAGACCUGAAGCGCAUUGAGAGCUGCGACCUGUCAGGGGCCAAUCGCCUGACCCUGCAGGACGCAAGCAUUGUGCAGCCUGUGGGCCUGACAGUGCUCGGCCGGCAUCUCUACUGGGUAGACCGCCAGCAGCAGAUGAUUGAGCGUGUGGAGAAGACCACUGGGGACAAGCGGACUCGCAUCCAAGGCCGUGUUGCCCACCUCACAGGCGUCCACGCCGUGGAGGAAGUCAACCUGGAGGAGUUCUGGUGCUCAUGCCCAGUCCACCUUGUACUCCUGCAGAACCUGCUGACCUGUGGCGAGCCUCCCACCUGCUCCCCUGACCAGUUUGCGUGUGCCACUGGUGAGAUCGACUGCAUCCCUGGGGCCUGGCGCUGUGACGGCUUCCCUGAGUGUGAUGACCAGAGUGAUGAGGAGGGCUGCCCGGUGUGCUCGGCAGCCCAGUUCCCGUGUGCGCGCGGCCAGUGUGUGGACCUGCGUCUGCGCUGCGACGGCGAGGCUGACUGCCAGGAUCGCUCUGAUGAGGCUGACUGUGAUGCUGUCUGCCUGCCCAACCAGUUCCGGUGUGCCAGUGGCCAGUGUGUCCUCAUCAAACAGCAGUGUGACUCCUUCCCUGACUGCAUGGACGGCUCCGAUGAGCUCAUGUGUGAAAUUACCAAGCCACCCUCUGAUGACACCCCGGCCCACAGCAGCGCCAUCGGGCCUGUCAUCGGGAUCAUCCUCUCACUCUUUGUCAUGGGCGGGGUCUAUUUCGUCUGCCAGCGUGUGGUGUGCCAGCGCUACGUGGGGGCCAAUGGACCCUUCCCACACGAGUAUGUCAGCGGGACCCCCCACGUGCCCCUCAAUUUCAUAGCCCCAGGUGGCUCACAGCAUGGUCCUUUCCCAGGCAUCUCCUGCAGCAAGUCCAUGAUGAGCUCUGUGAGCUUGAUGGGGGGCCGGAGUGGUGUGCCCUUGUAUGACCGGAACCACGUCACUGGGGCCUCAUCUAGCAGUUCGUCCAGCACAAAAGCCACGCUGUACCCACCGAUUCUGAACCCGCCGCCAUCCCCAGCCACAGACCCCUCCCUGUACAACAUGGACAUGUUCUACUCUUCAAACAUUCCAGCCGCCACCAGGUCAUACAGGCCCUAUAUCAUUCGAGGCAUGGCACCGCCGACGACACCCUGCAGCACAGAUGUGUGCGACAGUGACUACAGCGCCAACCGCUGGAAGGCCAGCAAAUACUAUCUGGAUUUGAACUCAGACUCAGACCCAUACCCACCCCCACCCACCCCCCACAGCCAGUACCUGUCAGCAGAAGACAGCUGCCCGCCCUCGCCUGUCACUGAACGGAGCUACUGCCACCUCUUCCCACCCCCGCCGUCCCCCUGCACGGACUCAUCCUGACCUUGGCCGGCCCACCCCGGCCUCUCUGCGCCCCUGUAAAUAUUUUUAAAUAUGAACAAAGAAAAAAUAUAUUUUAUGAUUUAAAAAAUAAAUAUAAUUGGG